UAACUUGUGCAAUGAAAAAUUCUGCUUACAAUCACAUUUCUAAUUCACCCGUCAUCGAGUCAGCAAGAUGACGAAUUGCAAUAAGCUGUGGUUCCUUUUGCGAGCGCUUAUGCUAGUGGAAAUAGCUUGUGGAAAGCUUUGCUGGAUUGAUGAAAAAAUUCCAACGUCCAAAGUUGUGACCACGAUUGAGCAGAAGGAUGUGCCAUUUACCUACUAUUGUGGCUGGCGCUCGCAGCGUACUUCCGUUAAGACCAGUUGCGCCCAGAAUAAUUGCUACUUGGACUACGAAAUCCGACGGAAACCGACCUGUUGCGAGGGUUACUACAGCAAGAACUCGGAGUGCAUUCCCGUCUGCACAAGUGGCUGUGAAAAUGGACGUUGCAUCAAACCGGAAACCUGCACCUGCAGUGCGGGCUACUCCAUGAGGAACGGAAAAUGCGUUCCGGAUUGCGUGAACUGCUCCAAUGGGAAUUGCGUUGCCCCGAAUCAGUGCAUCUGCAACGCUGGCUUCGAGAUGAACGAGGCCGGAUUCUGUGUGCCCAAGUGCAAGGAUCCCUGCGUGAAUGGGAUUUGCAACGAGCGGAAUGAGUGUGUAUGUCAGCCGGGGUUUUAUUUCAACGAGCAGCUCGUGAGUUAUGGGCUGAAGAACGGUACUGUGUGUACCCCAAAGUGUGAUCGAUCUUGCGUCAAUGGUAUCUGUGCAGGGCGUAACGUGUGUGAAUGUCUAAUCGGUUACGAGUUAUCAAGAUCUGAUCCGUUCACGUGUAUUUCGGUGUGUGAUUCAAGUUGGUUAGAUUGCUCCAAAGGAAGAUGUACGGGUCCGAAUAGGUGCGAGUGUUUGCCUGGGUAUAGAAUGCAAGACCAUCGUUGCGUUCCAGAGUGUGUUCCAGGAUGUGUGAAUGGCGUUUGCAGUGAGCCUGGACAGUGUAUUUGUAUGGAAGGUUUCGAGAGCAGGAAUGAGUCACAUAUCUGCUCCCCUCUAUGUGAUCCACCAUGUGAAAACAGCGACUGUGUCAAACCAAAUGAGUGUCUGUGUAUGAAUGGAUAUCAUAGUAUCAACGGUAGUCUGUGUGAACCAUACUGUGAUCGACAAUUUGUAAAUCUCCACAACGGAAAGUGCAUCGCACCGAAUGUAUUGCGUUGCAACGAGGGAUUCACACUACAACAAACCGCCGAUUUACGCUUGGCCUGUCUGUCCAAGUGCGAUCCGAGUUGCAUUAACGGAACCUGCGGGCCACAAGGUACUUGCCAAUGUAAUUCCGGUUUUCAGCCGACGGCUGGAAGUUCGCACGAAUGCGAACCAAUUUGUGACCCGCCCUGUGAGAAUUCCUAUUGUGUAGCUCCGAACGAAUGUCGAUGUGACAAAGGUUAUCAAAAAACUCCGGACAAUCCUGACCUCUGCACUUUUUUCUGCAACCCUGAGGUAGUAGACUGUAACAUCGGCAACUGCACUGAUGUGGACACUUGCGAAUGCCGUGAUGGAUAUGACCUCAUUGAGGAUACCAAUUCAGGUAUUCUUAAGUGCAGUCCGAUUUGUCUAUCUGAUUGUAGAAAUGCAGAUUGUAUCGCCCCAAACACUUGUGCUUGUCAUUCCGGAUAUUUCGCAAGAAACGCUACCUUUUGUGACCCAAUCUGUAACACCACAUGCCUUAAUGGAUACUGUUCCACUCCGAAUGUUUGCAGUUGCAACACUGGUUUCAUUAUGACGAAUCAAGCGAACUGCGUUCCGUUUUGUGAUCCUGGCAAGUUAAAUUGUACCUUUGGAACGUGUACAGAUCCUGGUAAGUGCCUUUGCGACGACGGCUUCCAUCAGAUUGAAAGAGAAGGCCUAGUUCAUUGUGAUCCAGUCUGCGAGGAGCUUCCUAAUAAUACCAUCUGCAUUGCACCGGGAGAAUAUCGCUGCUUGGAUGGUCAUGAAUCCGGAAAGAAUGGACACUGCAGUCCUGUGUGUGAUGAUUGCACUAAUGGCACUUGUGUAGGUCCGAAUACUUGCCAAUGCAAUCCAGGUUUCGAGAUAGAUGAGACGAACUCGUGCAGUUCGAUAUGCGAAAACAAGUGCUCCGUUCAGACGGGAACCUGUUUAGAAUUACUAUGUUCGUGCAAGGAUGGUUACGACAACCAGGAAAGCAUCUACUUCUGUUCACCAAGCUGUAAAUCGUGUUCGAACGGGAGAUGCAUAGCUCCAGAGGAUUGUGAAUGUUUGGAUGGUUACGAAUUAUCUAACGUGACACAAAUAUGUGAACCGGUUUGUGAAAACUGUAACAGUGAGUGCUGCAUCGGCCCAGAGAUGUGUCAGUGUGCUGUCGUACAGGACCAAGAUCACACUUUAUUGGUCGUGUUAAUCGUUAUUGGAGGAAUUAUUUCCGUCACUUCAAUCGCUGCACUGAUUAAAUAUCUUAGUCGGAGAGGUAUCGAACACUCAUACGAGUGUAAAUAUGUUCCAACAACCGAUCAGGCAAUUCUCGAUGAGAAUAUAGUUGACGAAGAUUCUCUGAGUUCAAUUGAUAAGUGCACUACUGAACCAUGAAAGAUCUCCUAUAAUCACUAGUUGGAACACAUACUCACACAUACGCAUCGACAUAAUUAUUGUUAAUAGUCGGCACAUUAAAAUUUCAUCAGUGAUAGCGUUUAUUAAAAUCAUUAUACCUUCGGAAAUACCCCAGUGAGUUUUAAUUGAAAAGCUUUUUUCCAAAAUAAACAAUUAAAUAAUACGCCCCCCCCCCCUUGGGGAGGCCGAAGCAUCAAUCAACCAUCAAAUUAAUGGCUUUAUGCGAACGAGAAAUAAGCUCGCCCAUCCUCCACCAGCGACCGUGCCCUGCCUGUCUGUGUCAUAGUUUAUAAUCUCAUUCGAGACGAAAAUGGAAAUUCAUUAACCAAACCCAUCAGAUGGUAAUCAUGGCGGGGCAAAAAAGUAAAAGCACGGAGCACUCUAGAUCGGAGGCCCAGGGGGAGACAUUAGCCUUUUCUGCUAAAUUGAUAACGGAACAGGUGAAUUCGACUAGUAAAACUUCUGUUUGCUCACCAUCCGGAAUAAAUCACUCGAUUAAUGCUGCUAAGUAGAAUGAAACUUUACGGGAAAGCUCCCACAACUAUUUUUCCAUCAAUUUACUUUUUGUUAUUUUUACAGCUUAACAAUUGCUUAGUGUUUUUACUGAAAUUUAGUGUUACUGAAGCAUGAUGGGGAUAAAUACAAUACAUUUUCAUGAUAUGAUACUGACGCAAUCGACUAUCGAUUCUGGAUUAUCUCAGAGCUACUAUCUCCCCACUAGCUUACGUAUUUGUGAAACAUACCCUUAAAUUCAGAUUUUGGAACCUCCAAAUGCGCUGCUUGAGAUGGACACACGUCAAGGACUAUCCGUUGUAACGUGUAACGCUUCUCCUUUUCUGAAAGAUGAA